AUGGCUUUUGAUUUAGGAUUUGUUGUGGUAAUAGUAAGAUCUGACAUAGCUACUGGUGUACGGGGAAGAAAAACGUAUGUCAAGCUUGGAUGUGAAAGAGGGGGAAAAUAUAGGAAAUACAAAGCUGAUGCAGUGGCUAGUGUAUACGGCACUCGUAAAUGUGAAUGUCCGUUUAGAUUAAAGGGUAAACCAUGUUCAGAUGGGGUCGGAUGGGUGUUGAAGGUGAUGUGUGGACAUCACAACCAUGAGUUGGCUGAAACUUUAGUGGGUCACCCUUAUGCUGGGAGGUUAAAUACGAGUGAGAAGUCAUUACUGGUUGAUAUGACAAAGAGUAAAGUUACACCUGCAAAUAUUUUAUUAACACUCAAACAAAAUAAUGAUCGAAAUGUGACAACGAUUAAACAAAUCUACAACGCAAGGCAUGCGUAUAAACGAUCAUUAAGAGGGUCCAGAACUGAACUACAACAACUUAUGAUGUUGUUGGAUCGGGAUAAGUACAUUCACUGGAGUAGAUAUAGACUUCCGUUGCUUGAGAUUGUGGGUAUGACGUCUACAGGGUUAACCUUCUCAGCAGCAUUUGCUUUCUUGUCUACUGAAAGGCAGAGUAAUUUCACAUGGGCUUUGGAAAAGCUGAAAGGUUUAUUUUUAACAUCUGAGGGUGGUCCUAAAGUUAUUGUGACUGACCGAGACUUGGCUUUGAUGAAUGCCAUAUCAAGUGUAUUCCCUGAGUCAUAUCAGAUGUUAUGUCGGUUCCACAUCCUUAAAAAUGUUAAAGCUAAAUGCAAAAUGUUAGUUCAUUCUACUGAGGUUUGGGAAGUGUUGAUGGAUGCAUGGGAAAAUGUGAUGGAUUGUGCUGAUGAAAGCUUGUUUGCUGAGUAUGUGAAUGGUUUUGAAUACGCAAGCAGAUCAUGGCCUUUGUUCUUUGAAUAUGUUAAUCAGAAUUUGAUUAUUCCGUACAGCACAUACUUUGUAAAGUUCUGGACGAACAAAGUAAUGCAUUUAGGGAACACAACCACAAAUAGGGCUGAAUCUGCUCAUUGGAGCCUGAAGAAAGUUCUGGGCAAUAGUAUGGGUGAUUUAGAACUUAUUGGGCGUGUGUCUCGAUAUGCAUUGGAUCUCAUUGCUAAGGAAUUGAAAAUAGUGCAGCAGAUAGGAUUGGACUCCUCAAAGUGUGGAUGCGUAUUGAGACGUACAUUUGGUGUCCCAUGUGCAUGUGAAUUAGCACGAUAUGAUCCUAGGAUGAUCCCUAUAGGUGAAUUUCAUAUCAUGUGGCGAAGAUUGCAUUUCUCAAAUGUUGAAUUAAAUGAAACUAAGCCUCAGUUAUCCAUUAAAGAUGAGUUGAAACAAGUAGAAGAACGAUUCAAUGAGGUUGACAUUGGCGGUAAAGUCACCAUCAAGCAGAAGUUACUUGAGAUUGUUUGUCCUACAUUGACAUCAAUGGUCCCUCCAUUACAUAAAGUCAAGACAAAGGGUGCACAAAAAAGUAAAGUUAAACGAAGUGAAAGGUCUACUACGCGGGAUCCAUCAUAUUUUGAGUAUGUGGACGCCUUUCAUUCAACCAUAGAAUCUUCAUCUGUGAGAAGUAAAUUACAAUCAAAGCCAAAAGCAAUGAAGAAAAGGAGAGUUCCAAUGAUAGACCAGUUUCAUUCUACUACUCACCCCUUCAUUGUGGACGUUGUUGAUGUUGUGGCUGAUGGUCACUGUGGGUAUAGAUGCAUUGCUGCGUUGUUGGGACUCGGAGAAGAUUCAUGGCCCGUUGUGAGGAAUGAGUUGUACAAAGAACUCAGUGCUUGGCGUGAUGACUAUGCAAGCCUAGUAGGAGGCUAUGAUAGACUAGAAGAACUGAGGUCCUCUUUGUUGGUGCAGUCACUGUCCGCGGUAAGUGUUUCCCGUUUUAUGUAG